UCAAGUGCGUGUGUCUCACGGAAACAAUAUAGCGUAGCUGACUGAACUGUACGAAAAAGGAAUCAGUGAAUGGAAUCUCAUGCCUUGCAAACAUCUCCUGAAGGACGUGAUUAAUUUUUGAGAGAAGAAGAAAGAACUGUGAACAAAAUGUUUAGAAAAGUUCCGUUGGGAAAUUUAGAUGGACUUGACAGAAAGGAAUAUAUACGGAUAUAGUAGGACGAUGGAAACUGAAUUAACAAAUAUGAAAGUUUAAUUAAAGCAUGGGAUUAUUAAGUAAUAGAAAGAUAAAAUUUAGUUCAUGGGACGUGCUUUGUCAUGCCAUGAAAUACCCUCCGAAACAAGGAAAGCAAGAAUUGCGCUGAGAAGCCGAAGGAACAUCCCCGUUGCCGAGAUGGCCCGUGACAUGUACCGGGAGACAGUGAGUGGCUACCGACCGGCGGAGUCGGUUAUCUUUACUCCCGGCAGCUCUUCGUUUGCUGUCCUGGACACCACCUAUCAGGAUCCGUUUCCCUAUUACCGCAAGACUUCCCCGUACCCUCCGCUGCCUCUCCUCACGGGCGCUCCACCCCCUGAGAGCUUUACCCCGGCAACGGCGACCCAGACACUCGUGGCGAUGACGGAAUUUUUCUACAACAUAUCUGACGGUGCCAACUCCACGUCCUUUGAUGGCGUCUAUGACAACCAAACGGUCUCCUCUCCCGUGUUUCCCGAAUACAUCCGCGUCGUCUCCACGAUUUUCUGCAGCGUUGUUCUUUUCGUCGGCGUCGUCGGCAAUGUGUUGGUUCCUGUUGUUAUAUUAAAGAACAGGGACAUGAGAAAUUCUACCAACUACUUCCUCAUUAACCUGAGUUUUGCGGAUCUGUUAGUGUUGCUGAUCUGCCUGCCGUCCGUAUUGGUGGAGCUCCACUCGCCACCCGACGUCUGGGUCCUCGGCUACAGCAUGUGUAAGAUUGUGCCGUAUGUGGAGCUGAGCGUCGUGCAUGCCUCCGUGCUGUCCCUGCUCGUCAUCUCCCUCGAGCGCUACCACGUGAUCUGCCAGCCGCUGCAGGCCGGCUACCGCUGCACGCGCGCCAAGGCCACCGCUGCGAUCGCCGUCAUCUGGACACUAGCCUUCCUCUCUGCCGGACCCAUGUUGAGGAUCGUUCAGUAUGACUACGUCAGGUAUUACGACGGCUCUACAAGACCGAACUGCAUCACGCCCAUCGAGACACUGUGGAACAAGUCAUACAUCAUAGCGUCGUCUGUGCUCUUCUUUUUCGUGCCGCUGCUGCUUUUGGUGGGCCUGUACAGCGUGAUCGCCCGACAGUUGCUCAUCGACACCUACGAGCUCACUCACAAGAAGGAAAACCCCCAGAUGAGGGCUCGGCGGCAAGUGGUGAUCAUGCUGGCCACGGUUGUGGUGUUUUUCUUUCUGUGUUUGAUGCCGAUGCGAGUUCUCUACCUGUGGAUCAUUGCUGUGCCCCUCGAUACCAUCACCUGGCUCGGUAUAGAAGGUUACUACAAUCUAUUGUAUUUCUGUCGGAUCAUGCAUUACCUGAAUUCUUCCAUCAAUCCAAUUCUUUACAACAUGACGUCAACCAAGUUCCGCACGGCCUUCAUGAGAGUGUUCAAUAAGCGACGGUUGCAACGACAUGACACCUAUAGCAACACUUCGUACAACAACCACACCGUCAGUAAUAAUCUGCGCGUGCACUACGGUACAAAUUGUUCAAUGGUGUACAAAACUAUGUACUCGAAGACCGUUGUAAGUCAUAAGUACAGCUACACCUCAACCGGAUCUGCCUCCACCCAGGUCACCCGACACGCAAGCCUUGUGUCGGCCAGCAGCCUCCGUCCGUCUACGAAGGACUCCUUCGUCUAGGAUCGGCCACGUGCCACCCCUUUCCUGAUGGGGAGUUGAAGUGCAUUUCGGAUUGUAAGUCCUUUUAAAACCAAGGAAGGAACGAAUUAUUUUUGCAGUCUUAUAUUCAUGGCACCUGUUAACUCUAAAACAAAAAAUAUAUAAAAAAGUUAAAAGGAACAAACACACAAUACUGUUAACAAAAGAUAUUAAACAAUAAAAAAUAAGGAAAAUAUAAUGAAAAUAAAGGUAUUUACUAAAUCACACAGAUACUCUCCAAAACACGCCGUACCUUCAUUUUUUUCU